CCCCACCCAAAGCCACAUCUGAGGACGUGCUCCACUCAGAUCAGCUGCACAGGUUGUAAAGAAAGGGGGGAAAUAGGGAGAGAGGAGGAGAACAAGAGAGAACAGAGGAGAACACUAGCAACUGCUCGAGAGGGAAAGAGAGAUUGUGAUCGGUUUAGUGUUUUUGUGAGAGACAAGUAGGGCAUCAGGGUGUGAAUGAGUGAGGCAGGAGAGAGGAGAGCAAUCUUCGGGAGUGGGUCUACCCAGCAGUGGGAGGUUCUUCUAGGGAGGUUAUAGUGAUCCUCAGCCACAACUCUCUCUGCCCUCCUUUCACUGGGAGUCAGACCCCCGAGGAUCCAGAAGCAUGGAGCCCUCUGUGUCAACCGAGGGCGACGAGGAGCCCAAGGAGAGGAAGAAGAUCCAUUUUGCCGUGCCGACCACUGUGCCCACCAAUCUGGACCCUCGGCAAGUGGAGAUGAUCCGACGCAGGAGGCCAACGCCUGCCACGCUGUUUAGAGUAGCCGACCAAUCCUCUCCGGACGAUGAUCAGUCCACCCAUCAGGUAAAGUGGGUGGUGGGAGAGAACGGCGUGCUCAAACCAAAACGUGUCAAUCCAAACGUGUAUCAGCCUCCAUCACUCAGAGCUGUGCAGAAGAUGGCCGAAGCACAUAUGCAGCGCCUAGGUGUCUACCCCCCUGUGGAAGACCCUUGUGAAGGGGAGGAGGAUGGGGACCACUGGCAGAGAGAGGAGGGAGAGGACACUUUGACUCCCGUCAAUGCUGCUGAUCACCAAGAGACGGCGACCACCGAGCCGACAGUCAGGUUUUCCAGCGUGAGAGAGACGGCAAAGCAGAUCCAAGCAGCACCAGAGGAGGAGGAAGAGGAGGAAGAAGAGGAAGAAGAGGAGGAGGAAGAAGAGGAAGAAGAAGACGACGAAGAAGAAGAAGGCGAUAGAAUCAAAGAAAAGACCCAGGAGAAAAGCAGAGGGAGUAACUGAGAGAGAGGGAGGGAGAGAGAGAGAGGGGGGGGGGGGGGGGGGGGCAGGAGAACUGGGGGGAGCGAAGGUGUUUUGUGGAAUGGUUCAAAUCUGAAGCUCUCAGAGGAGGUGAGGAAAUGAGUUUGUGCUUAAACGAGUGAGGAUUUCUAAAGAUACUUCAGUGAAACCCAACAUGAGAGCGAGCAGAGAUCUCUGUACUACUUCACCUCUUUUUGGAAAAGAUUGAAGGUAGUGAGUGGGGGGGGAGGGGGGGGGGGUGAGAGAGAACAGAGAGGCAGCUUGUGCAUCAGGAGUCAGCCCCGAAUGAGCAAGUGAGGAGUGAGCUACGGACCCGACAGGCCCUGAAGUCCUGUUUGUUCUGGGAGUGGAGGGGGCCAACGAGGUCGACGUGACCCGAUGCCCUCAGACCAGUCCUCCCAGUACCUUAAAGCUACUGCACGGAGCUACGGUUUCCUUUAAAGGGGGUAAUAGUUCCACAGUAAUCGUACUCGUCAACUCUUUUUAACACAUACGACCUUUUCUAAAAUGCUUGAACGUCUUUAAAUGUGUGUAAUAAAUUCUACACUUUGUUUGUAAAAAAAACAUCUGUGAUUUGUAUGGUUAAGAUACGUGCACAUGCACUGCCAUCUGGUGGACGUUUGAUCAAAUAUAAAGUGAUACUCCAACCAAUCACUUAACGUUGAAAUAUUUAAUAAAAGUGUAAUGCUUGUUAUGAUCAAACUUUUCUCAAUGUAAUCCGAUUCUAUAAUUAUCUCUCAGUACGGAAAAUCUCAUUUUUAGGGUGGCAGUCAAAGUACCGAAAAUGUUACGUCAUUGAUAUCAACUCAACUGUUUACUUUUCACUCUCCAUUAAUACAAAACUUUAUCAGGCCUUUUCUACGUUUAUAACCUGAAUCAUUUGGCCGGUUAUUACAUUUCCCAAAAGUGAAUCUGUGUUUGGAGUAUCACUUUAAGUCCGACUCAGUAAUAAGAAUCAAAAAGUUUUUUCCCGUAAUGCGUCCGAUCCAUGAGCAAGUGAGUGUUUGUGUGUGGUUAUUUUAAACUACAUAAUGGUAAUGAACAAAUAUUUAUAGGGAAAAGCUACCUCUUAAUUAGUUUGACUUACAAAGCUCAACUGUGGCCUCCAUUUGAACUGGAUUCAUUGUGAACAGACACCGUGUGAUGGAAUCAAAAAAACAUGAUUUCAAAUCCAAUACUAAUGACUUUUUUGGCGUUUGCUAAUGCUCAUUUGUUCCCUUUUGUAUGUUGACCAUUUUCUACUUUUAUCUUUUUAAUUGUACACCAUGGAUCUGUUGUAAGAGCUAUUUUUCUAAUCUAAUGUGCGUGCGGUGUUUGAGUAGCGUAGCGCUGUCCAUGAUUCUACGGUUAAUGACUGACAUUUGGGCCAAAUGGCCGCUGCACAAAUCUUCAGAAUUUUUUUUUUUUUACCACAGAUGUCCACUUGUUUUCUCUUUUUCUUUUAGUCAUCAAAAAUUAAUAAAUGCUUUUAGUGGGCAUGUAAUUAACGUAUUUUCCGGUUUAACUGACGUGAUUUGACACAGGAUGAGUAAAGCUUGUUGUUUGCAUCAUGUGAGCUGCAGUUUCUAUAUGUAAACUGUGUGAAACUUUGAACCUUGACCUGCCUGAAUAAUGGGAUGAGUGUGCAGCCAAUGGUGUCCUCCCUCCUCCGCUCUCUGUUCACCUCAGUUUUCCAUCUGGGUCAAAAGAAAACCACCUUGGAACGACGUGUAUGAACUCUAAUGCUUAGUCCGUCUUUAUUUUUUAUUUCAUUUUUCUUUGUUCUCUUGUUUCUCAAUGUAAUGUGCUUGUUAUAAAGUGAGCAACAGUAUAUUAUCAAAAUAAACAGUUUUUCCCUACUAAUUACAUUGCAUUGCAUUACAUGUCAUUUAGCUGAUGCGUUUAUCCAAAGCGACUUACAAUAAGUAUGUAAUAUGUAUUUUAACUCAUUUUCAUGCUGCAAGAUCUCUUUUCAGUUAUUAGUUCUGGUGCUGUUAAGACAUUCACAAGCUCACUAGCACCACAAGUACCAAUUGUUGUGUCAUCACUUAAAAUAACAACAUUAAAAUCCUCUAAACAUUUAAAAGGA